UUUCCAUGAAGGUUUUAAACAGAAUCGACGAUGUGGAAAAUGGAAAGUUGGAGAUCAAAGAGAAGUCAAUAUGCAAUAAUAUGUUCAUCACUGUACACAACAAGGCGUUGCUAUCGGGAAUUGCAUAUUGUAUUUCUUCAUGUAGCAUGAUAUUAGUUAACAAAUACGUCCUUUCGAGCUAUAGCUUUAAUGCAGGGAUAUCCUUGAUGCUCUAUCAGAAUUUUGUCUCGGUUGUGGUGGUUUCUAUAUUGAGCUUCUUUGGUGUAAUUUCAAUGGAACCACUCACGUUGAGACUGAUCAAAGUCUGGUUACCUGUUAAUGUUAUAUUUGUUGGAAUGCUUAUAACAAGCAUGUUCAGUUUGAAGUACCUAAAUGUUGCUAUGGUCACUGUCCUGAAGAAUGUUACUAAUGUGAUUACUGCUGUUGGUGAAAUGUAUAUAUUCAACAAACGCCAUGAUAGUCGAGUGUGGACUGCUCUUUUUCUAAUGAUUGUUUCAGCAGUUGCCGGAGGAAUUACAGACCUUUCUUUUCAUGCUACUGGUUAUACCUGGCAGAUAAUCAAUUGUUUCUUGACAGCAUCAUAUUCUUUGACUCUACGUAGAAUCAUGGACACUGCUAAGCAAGUGACGAAAUCAGGGAACCUAGAUGAAUUCUCAAUGGUUCUGCUAAAUAAUACCCUUUCACUGCCUUUAGGCCUUCUCCUUGUAUUAUUGUUCAAUGAAGUCGAUUAUCUCUCCACGACACCACUAUUACAAUUGCCAACAUUCUGGAUUGUGACAACAUUAAGUGGAUUUUUGGGCUUAGCUAUUAGCUUCACAUCAAUGUGGUUUCUUCAUCAAACAAGUGCAACAACAUAUAGUCUUGUGGGAUCACUAAAUAAGAUACCUCUCUCUGUUGCUGGUAUUUUCCUUUUCAAUGUCCCAACUAGUCUUGACAACACUGCCAGUAUAUUUUUUGGUCUCUUGGCUGGAGUAUUUUUCGCCCGAGCAAAGAUGCAGGAGAAAUCUCAAUCCUAAAACGACAACAACAUAUCUAGUGUAAUUUCAUAAGUGAUGUCAAAAGAGAGGGUGGUGUGUACACAACUUUAU